AUAAUAGGAGUUAAAUUUCUCCCUACUGUGCAAGAAGAAGUUGAAAGCCCUCUUACCAUCUGUACUACCUUAAUGGGUUCUCUAUCUGAGCAGCUUCAUUUCGUUCUGUUUCCUUUUAUGUCUCAGGGCCACUUAAUUCCCAUGACAGACAUUGCUAGGCUUCUGGCGCAGCAAGGAGUCAUCAUCACCAUUGUCACAACGCCUGUUAAUGCAGCUCGAGUCAAGCCGAUUCUCAGUCAUGCCAUACAAUCAGGGCUUCCAAUCCAUUUGGCUGAAAUCCCGUUUCCAUGUGUAGAAACAGGAAUACCAGAAGGGUGUGAGACUACUGACAAGCUGUUCUCAAUUGAGUCUUAUUGUAACUUUUUCAGAGCAAUCAACAUGCAACCUGAGCCAGUGGAGAAAUUGUUCGAAGAGCUAAGACCAAGGCCUUGUUGCAUCAUUUCAGAUUUCUGUCUGUAUUACACAAGAAAAAUUGCUACCAAGUUUCAGAUCCCAAGGAUUUCAUUCCAUGGAUUUUGUGGCUUCUCCCUUGUUUGUGACCUCAUUUUACGCUUCUCUGAUGUACGUGAGAACAAGGCCUCUGAAUCCGAGCACUUCACUGUUCCUGGCUUGCCUGAAAAGUUUGAAUUUACCAAGGCUCAAAUGCCGAUUGUCACAGGAGAGUGGAAAGAAUUUGAUGAGCUAAUGUCAGAGACUGACCUAGCAGCAUAUGGGGAAAUUGUCAAUACUUUUGAGGAGUUGGAGUCGGCAUAUGUUGAAGAAUACAGGAAGAGAAGAGGAGGCAAAGUCUGGUGUGUUGGACCUGUUUCACUGUCACACAGGGAUACUCUCCACAAGUCUCAGAGAGGUGGCAAGGCAGCCAUUGAUAAAGAAGAGUGCCUGAAGUGGCUUGACUCCCAAGAAAAGGGCUCUGUAGUCUAUGUUUGCCUUGGCAGCAUCUGUAAUCUGAUUUCUUCUCAAUUAAUAGAGCUUGGUUUGGGCAUAGAGGCAUCAAACAGGCCAUUUAUCUGGGUUCUUAGAGAAAGUGACAAAUUAAAAGAUUUACAUAAGUGGAUUGAGGAGGAAGGGUUUGAGGAAAGGAUUAAAGGCAGGGGCCUUGUCAUCCGGGGUUGGGCUCCACAACUGCUGAUACUAUCUCAUCCUGCAGUUGGAGGGUUCCUAACUCAUUGUGGCUGGAAUUCAGCUCUGGAAGGUAUUUGCUCCGGUCUACCACUGAUAACAUGGCCCCUUUUCGGGGACCAGUUCUGCAAUGAGAAGCUGGUAGUGCAAAUCGCUAAAACUGGUGUCAGGAGUGGAGUGGAGCAACCAAUGGUGAUUGGGCAGGAAGAGGAGAUUGGGGUGUUGGUAAAGAAGGAAGAUGUUAAAAAUGCUAUAGAACAGUUAAUGGAUGGAGGCAAGGAAGCUGAAGAGAGAAGAAAAAGAGCCAGAGAACUUGCUCAGAUGGCAAAGAAGGCUAUUGAGGUCGGGGGAUCUUCUCACCGGCACAUCACACAGUUGAUCCAAGAUAUCAUGCAACAAUCUCUUGUAAAGGACCUUCGUAGUACCUGAGGGAGAUACACAGAAGCAAAAAGAGGCACUUUCUCCGUCCCAAAGUUUCAAACUUCUUUCAACAAUCAUGAUUAUAGGGUGUUCUCCUCAUUCCAGCUAUAAAAUCUGCUGCUUAUAAUUUUGUUUCAACAUUAAAAUGCACCAUUCAAA